UCGGACGUUGUUUUCGUGACCGUCAUAGGGGCAGACAUUUUGCUCCAUGUAGAAGGCAACUUUCGAAGAUAUUUUAGCAAACCUUUGCAUUACUCGUGCCUGCUAAGUCUUUUUUUCUCCGUCCUUGUACUCAAAUUUCACCACAAUCAUGUGGUAUGAAAUUUUGCCCGGUUUUGCUGUUAUGACCGUUUGUUUGUUCAUUCCUGGCAUUGCAACUACUUACAUCCACAAGUUCACAAACGGUGGAAAGGAAAAGAGGAUUGCGAGGGUUCCCUAUCACUGGUAUUUGAUGGAGCGAGACAAGAGAGUGUCUGGGAGUGGUGUAUACUACCAAGCCAAGGGACUUGAAAACAUCAAUUGAAGAGCCACCCAGCUGCCCUUUCAGAAUCUUAUAAUGUACAUUUUGUUCAGCUGUCUAUUAAAAUGUUGUCUAAGUUA